UUCCGACUUUUGCGGUUAGCGGUAGUGUUUUCGUGUUGUUGUUAGUGGUAGUAGUAGUAGUAGUAGCAGGUCGGUCCGUAGUAUAGUAGAUCGGUCGGUAUUCUUUGAAUGGUGCGGUACUAGUUUUGUUCUAAACGCCAAGUGUAUGUGUGAGGAAGAGAGAGGGAAUGAUGUUGUGCCGCUGCGCUCUCCGCUGCUGCUGCUGCUAAAUUUUCAUCACACUCGUCCUGCUCACAACGUAAUCCGAAAAUUGUCGGUGGCCUCGAGGCAGAUCGACAUGAAAUGCCCUAUAUGGUUAGUUUAACGCGUCGCGGUGGACAUUUUUGUGGCGCAACAAUAAUCCAUGAAAAAUGGAUACUAACGGCGGGUCAUUGUAUCUGCAAUGGACUGAAUAAAUUUAUGAAACCCUCACAAAUCCAGGGGGUUGUGGGGCUGCAUAGCAUAUCGCAAUAUUUGAAUGGCAUACACAACGAACGGGAUGGAGCUGCACCGGUGCAAGUGAACUUCAAGAAUAUAAUACCGCAUCCGAACUAUCAGUGCACGAACACGAAAAAUGAUAUUGCCUUAAUGGAGUUGUUACAGCCCAUAGCAUUUUCGAAAUAUAUCCAACCGUCUUGUCUGAAUUCCGAUCUUUUGCGUAGCAAUGAAAAUGAAUUGGCCACAGUAUCCGGCUGGGGUUGGACCAAUGAAAACCAGGCUGAGGGCGAUCGGGCUGAUGUUUUGCGCAAGGCCACUGUGCGUGUCUGGAACAAUAAUGCCUGUGAGAAGUCAUAUCAGUUGAAUGGACGGCCGUCGAGUGUCAUCAGUGACACGCAAAUGUGUGCUGGCUAUGAAAAUGGCGGCAUUGAUUCAUGCUGGGCUGACUCUGGUGGCCCCCUGAUGUCCAAGGAAAACUUUUUGAUUGGUGUCGUUUCCACGGGCAUUGGCUGUGCCCGACCUGGCCUGCCUGGAAUUUACACAAGGGUUAGCAAAUAUAUUCAAUGGAUGGAAUCUGUGAUAUUUUCUAGAUAAUUUUGUAACACUUACCUGCAAUUGUAAAGAAUGGUGUGAUAUAUAUGAUUAAAUGUAAUUAUUUUAC